UCGUUUUUUUCUUCUUUUCCUUCUUUUUUUAAUCCGAAAAGAUCGUAUUUUGUCCCGAAUCCCGAAGCAAUUCCAGAAUCUAAAUCUGGUGUUUUUCCUUCGUUUCAGAUCUGUAUAAGAAUUACAGCAGAGUGCAGAGAGAAGUUCCUGUUCUGAUUUCAAUUUCAGAGAGAAAAAAGGGGGAGAGAAAAAAAGAGAAAUUCCUGAGGAAUUUUCUGAAAUUUCAAUUUCAGUCUUUUUGAGAAGCUUUUACAAUCUUGUGAAAAUUGCUAAUGAUGGCUGGGAGGAAGCCAGGUUUGAUUGCUUUAUUUGAUGUCGACGGGACACUUACAGCUCCAAGAAAGGUUGUGACUCCAAAGAUGUUGGAGUUCAUGCAGAACCUUCGGAAGGCUGUAACAGUUGGUGUUGUUGGAGGAUCUGACCUUGUAAAGAUAUCAGAGCAGCUUGGGAAAACAGUAGUUGAUGACUAUGAUUUUGUCUUUUCUGAAAAUGGUCUUGUUGCUCACAAAGACGGGAAGCUCAUUGGAACUCAGAGCUUGAAGUCAUCUCUUGGAGAGGAAAAACUCAAGGAAUUUAUUAACUUCACGCUCCAUUAUAUUGCUGACUUGGAUAUUCCAAUAAAAAGGGGAACUUUCAUUGAGUUCCGAAGUGGGAUGCUUAAUGUAUCACCAAUUGGGCGAAAUUGCAGCCAAGAGGAACGAGAUGAGUUUGAAAAGUAUGACAAGGUUCACAAUGUACGUACAAAGAUGGUCUCUGUGCUUCGGGAGAAGUUUGCACACCUUAACUUGACAUUUUCCAUUGGAGGACAGAUAAGCUUUGAUGUAUUCCCACAAGGUUGGGACAAGACGUACUGUUUGAGAUACCUUGAAGAAUUUAAUGAAAUUCACUUCUUUGGAGACAAAACUUACAAGGGAGGAAAUGACUACGAGAUUUAUGAAUCUGAGCGAACGGUGGGUCACACAGUCACCUGCCCGGACGAUACAGUGGAACAGUGUACAACUCUCUUCCUUGGCAAGCAAAUUGGUGGUACUUAGUCUCUGUAGUGCCUUGUGUGUGUUUUCAACUAUUUUCUUUUUAUGUUGUAUCCUUCAUUUUUUAGUUAGAAAAUGCAAAUGCUUAAUUGGUCAGUAAUUAGCAUUUGCUUUACUUUCAUAACACUGCUUUGUAACUGGCAUUACAAAUAACAGAGAUGAGAUACUGAAAUAUGUUGUGAUAAAUGAAAGAAACUGAGAUUUUGAUAAAUGUGAUUUUGAUGGAGGGCUGUUAUUAAUAUUGAUCGUGUUUACAUUCGUGUGUUGCA